AUUUUAUCUGAAAUAUAUUGAAAAUAUAUAACUAUUAUUUUAAUGUUUUAUCUGAAAAAAAGAUCCCAAUUGAUUUAUUCAAUCUUUCGAUUUAAUAAAUUUUUAGGUAACAAUUCCAAAAGAAACAGACGUUUAUUUAUCUGGAUUUGCUUAAAUGAUUAGGUAUCUAAUACAAAUAAAUAAGUAAAAAAUAUCAAGACUCAGCAUGUAUGUUAUCAAUUAAAUUGUUAGGUAUACAUACUUGUGCUUUAAAACUCUUCUCUUUAUAAUUUUUUUAAGAAUAUUUCACGUGUUUAUUUAAUUAAUUGUUGAAUAUUCAAUUAAUUUACGAAAAGUUUCCAAAUUCCAUAAAUCAGAAGAUACAAACAUUAAAACCCCGUUGGACAAUACCUUCUCUCUGCUUCACUUCACAGUUCACACACAACACACACUAAAUACAUCAUCAAAGUACACUGCACCUUAAAGAAUCAAUCUUCAUAAAACCCAGAAGAAAAAGUAUCCAGUUUUCUUCAUAAAUCUUAAGCUUCACCCUUUUUUUUUUCUUCUGGGGCUAACCGGAUUCUUGAUUUUCCGACGAGACACAGAAGCUUUUUCACCGGAAAACAUGGAGAUGGAUUUAUGGGGUUCAAGGGUUCAGUCUGUAAAACACCACCACCACCACCACUUUCACACUCUCCAAUCCGGACGCCUCAACAACUCCGAUAAUCAUCUUACAAUAGAUGGAGAUGAUGAUGUUAGAGCCUGGUUUCCCUGCCCAUUUUGCUAUGUAGAAAUCGAAAUCCCUGCCCUUUGUUGCCAUCUACAAGAAGAACACUGUUUUGAUCUAAAUAACGCGGUUUGUCCGAUAUGUGCAGCAAAUUUAGGCAAAGAUGCAAUUGCACAUUUCACAUCACAACAUGUUCAUUCGAUAAAGAGGAGGAGGAAAUCCGGGAAGUCUGGUUUGUGGAGUAAUGGUGUGAGCCUCUCACGAGAAAUGACUGAAAGGGGAAACAUGAAUGAAGCUACACCCGAUCCACUAUCGGCAUUUCUAUAUAGUGCUCCAUUUUCAGAAAUUCAAGAAGAUCAACCAACAAUACCAAGUACCACUUUUGAUGUCAAGAGCACAAACGAAGAAGUAGAAGUCAAGGAUCAUGAAGAGAAGAUGCAUAGAGCAGCAUUCGUUCAACAACUCAUAUUUUCCACCAUCUUCUAAAGUAAAUGUCCCAAGAAACAAAGCCAUAGUAGCAAGAGGAAGUUAAUAUGUGUAUCAGUUUAAGCUGGUCGUUGAUGGUUUAAAUUAUUAGUGUACCCAUCAUGUAUUUGUAACUUAUGCUACUUCCAAUGUGAAUUCAAUCAAAAUCUUUCAUAUCACUCAAACAUAUGCAUUAAUGUUUAAUCAAUAUCAUAUGACUACUAUAUUUCAAGUGACUGAAACAAAGAUCAAAAUAGCUAAAGAAAACACUUAGACAUAUGAAGUGAUUGAUUACAAGAAACCCGAAUCAUAUUUGCGAUUAAUUAAGCUAAGAAGCUAGCAUAAAUUCAAGAAAAGAGAUGUAUCAUGAAAAUGCAAAAUUAAGUGCAUAAAAUCUCUCCAGAAAAGAACACAUAAGAUCACUCAAGAAUGUUUCCGAUAACACCAGCUCCAACAGUCUUUCCACCUUCUCUGAUUGCAAACCGCAUUCCUUGUUCACAAGCAACAGGCAUAAUAAGCUCCACCACCAUCUUCACACGAUCACCAGGCAUAACCAUCUUUGAUUCUUCAUCUUUAUCGUUCAUAAUCGAAGUCACUUUACCUGUAACAUCGGUCGUCCUCAUGUAGAAUUGAGGCCUGUAACCUGCAAAAAAUGGUGAAUGCCUUCCACCUUCUUCUUUCUUCAACACAUAAACCAAAGCCUCGAACUUUGUAUGGGGUGUGAUUGAACCCGGUUUAGCCAAAACCAUCCCUCUUUGGAUAUCGAUCUUUUGAACACCUCUCAACAGAAGUCCGACAUUGUCACCUGCUAAAGCUUCGUCUAGAAUCUUCUGAAACAUUUCGACUCCUGUAACAAUGGUGGUUCUGGUAUCUUUCAACCCCACAAUCUCAACGCUCUCUCCGACUCUAACAGUGCCUCUCUCGACCCGACCCGUGGCCACUGUUCCACGACCUGUGAUUGAAAACACAUCUUCGAUUGCGCACAGAAAUGGAAGGUCGGUUUGCCUUUGUGGGAUUGGGAUGUAAUCGUCGACUGCUGCCAUUAGUUCAUAGAUUUUAUCGACCCAUUUGUUUUGGCCUUUUGCAAUCUUGGGGUUUUCUGUUAGAGCUUCUAAAGCUAACAAAGCAGAUCCGGAGAUAAUUGGGAUAUCAUCACCGGGGAAUUCAUAAGAAGAUAAGAGUUCUCUUACCUCCAAUUCGACCAAUUCAAGCAAUUCCUCAUCGUCGACUUGAUCUUGUUUGUUCAAGAAAACAACCAUGUUAGGGACACCAACUUGUUUCGCUAACAAGACAUGUUCUUUAGUCUGAGGCAUGGGGCCGUCGGCGCCGGAGACGACGAGGAUAGCUCCGUCCAUCUGAGCAGCACCAGUAAUCAUGUUCUUAACGUAAUCAGCGUGACCAGGGCAGUCGACGUGGGCGUAGUGGCGAUUCUCCGUCUCGUACUCCACGGUGGCGGUAUUGAUGGUGAUACCACGAGCACGUUCUUCAGGAGCGGCGUCAAUUUCGUCGUAUUUUUUGCCAAUUCCUCCACCUGUAGAGGCUAGGGCCAUGGUGAGGGCUGCAGUGAGUGUGGUCUUUCCAUGGUCGACAUGGCCGAUAGUUCCGAUGUUGACAUGGGGUUUAGUUCGCUCGAAUUUCCCCCGAGCAGCGCGUACGGUGAGAGAGCGGCGGCGGUGAGAAGGGUUGGCGGAGGAUGAAGAGGGGUUGUGGAGGAAAAGGUUUGUGGAAGCUUUAGAGACAAACGAAGAAGAAAGCAGUAUUCUGGUGGUGGGUUUCUGAAGGGUAAAAAGAGGGGAUGAAGAAGAGGAAGAUGAGGAAGGCGUGGCGUAUGUAAAUGAAGCUGCAGCGGUGGCUGCGGCGGAGAUGGACGCCAUUUACAGAGGGAAGAAGAUAGGAUUUGGGGAAGAAGAUGGAUAGGGUGAAUGUGUGUGGCUAGACGAAUGGGGGAAUUGAGAUUUGGGGGUUUUUAUCGGUUCAAAUGGUGGGUUUUCGAGGAUCCGUAUGGGGCUAUCGUAUGAUCAUGUGACGUGUAAUAUCAUAGUUCAUACCAUUUGCCAAAUAGGAUCCAUAUAUCUUUCUCUAUUCCUCCACAAACAUAUAACACAAUAAUCAGAUUUAUGACAUCCAAACUUUUAUUAAAACAUAGAUUUUUAUGCUUUAAAGUUCAAGCACA